AUUAAAGUCUUUCUAACAUCGCGUUUUGGAAUUAAUGGUGAAAUAUUUCAUUUAUUUAAAGACAUUAUAACGGUGAAAAUAGUUUAUUUAUGUCAUUCUAACAUCGCGUUAUGGAAUUAAUGGUGAAAUAUUUCAUUUAUAAAAGUCUUCCUAACAUCGAGUUAUGGAAUUUAUGAUCCAGUGACUAUGCAUCCAGCGGAAAGAGGCCGGAGGUUGAUCGACAAGCUGCUGGACAGCAGUGAUGAGGAGGUGGUGGAACUCCUGGAUGUUGAGCCGGGAAAUAUCGACUUCUCCCUUGACAAUAGGGGAGACAACCCAAUUCAUCUUGCUGCCAGGAGAGGAAAACUAGAAAUUAUCAAGAAUAUGGUUCAGGCUGGCGCGUCGGUGAACCAACAAAACAAGGCUGGCGGGAAUACGGCAAUGCACUAUGCGGCGAAAUACGGAUAUUUAGACGUUGUACGGUAUCUACAGUCGACAGGGGCUGAUCUAAAUCCCUACAAUAGCGAAGGCGAGACCCCUCUCCACAAAGCAGUUCAAGGUCAGUCAAUGGAAGACAUUGAGACGCUUGUCGAGCUAGGCAUGGAUGAAAAUAUUGCAAACAAGGUAAAUGGCGACACACCUUUGCACACGGCAUUGCAGACUGGAGCACAGGAAUCGAUGGAAGCAUUGCUGAUCGUGGGAGCGAAAACAAACGUGCUUAAUAGGGACGGUAAGAAAGCUGAAGAAGUUGCAAGAAACAAUGUGAUUAAAGACAGUCUUCAGGUUUAUGCGACCUUGUUGCUGGCUAUGGAUUCAGGUUACGUUAUGGCAAAAGGAAUGAAACUUACUAAGAGAAUGGUUUCAAGACCAUAUAGAGUUGAUCGAGUGGGUGUUCUUAUUGAACACAUCGAUUUGCCAGGCAGUUUCCCCACCGGGUUUUAUUGUCGAAGGGAAAGGGCUGAAAAUGCAACAGUUACUCUUCAAGACAACAUAGAAGAGUCAAUUUUCAGCGAUGUGUUUCACAUUCGUAUCUAUGAUGUCAACAGAGACUGUCAUGCCAAGAUUUAUCUGCCUAUUUACAAAUUGCCAAGUGACAAAGAGGAGGUGCUGAUACGGUUCAUAAACUGUAAUUUCAAGCCAAAGAGGGUAGAUGCAGUACAAAUAGACGAGGCUAGUAACGACUCGAACGAUGCUACGAAAUAUUGUCCUUUAGAAGUCAAACUGAUUCCGGAGACUACUUGUGUAUGUGCAGUCUACGUUCGUGCGAAAAGGGAAACGUGUUGCAUUGGAGAAGACAAGGCUAUGAUAAAGUCUGAAAUGAAUGAGCAUUUCUCCCUAGACAUACCAAAAGGGGCAUUCGAAGAAGAAACUUCUUUGAGUCUGAAGGUGUACGAGACAAAUACAGAGGAUGAUAUGGUUCACAUUUCUGAAAAUGAAGUCGCUAAAGAGCAGUCUAUCAAUGCAAAUAUUCUAACGGAUGUGUAUCAAAUACUUAUAGACGGAAAUCAACCAAAGAAAGGAAUCACUUUGCAAAUACCCAUGGACAGAGAUCUUGAAGGUGAUGAUGAACUAGUUAUUGCAGCUUUAAAUGAAAGGUCUCUUUCUAAUGAGGAGGAUGCCCUUGAGAUCAUAGACGUGCCACCCCAGACAAUCUCAGGGAGCCUGAUCGUUGAAAUAUCUCACUUCAGCAUUUUUGUUGCCACGUGGAAACUGAAGGUUGAGGCAGAAACAGACAAGCUGGAACUACAGAAAGCAAUAUGCGAUACAUUAAAAAAGAAGAAACCUGCGUCCUUCUUCGCUGUUGUCAAAAAGGUUAUUGAGGACGAUCAAGGUUUAAAGCACGUUAUGAUAGUGGAGUGUAAUGUAGCCAGUAAAAGCCAGAAGAGGUUAGAUUCGUGGGUCGAAAAGGGUUUCGCAGCUCAGAACCAAAUGGAAACUGGUUCCUUUAUGAUGUGCCCCUCAGAUACGUUUUACGUUACGGUUGAGGGAAAUGCAAGUCUGGAGAACUCGGAUGGGAGAGAGAGAAAAAUACAAUUCUUUCCAUGUAGAAAUAGCUUCCAACCGUACACUCUAACCCUAAAUCAAGGCAUAUAUGAUCCAGACGAGGCUUACUGCCAUGCCAUCAUAUCGCAGAAAAAAGGUAUUGAAACGGAGGAGGUAACUCGCCUACGGGUUAAGAUGACCCCUCCACCAAAACCACCAUCGCAAAGAACUCCGUCACCAAUCAUAUCGCCAAUUCCGCCACCAACAACGUCUCCCCCGCCAACGCAGACGAUACCACCUCUACCGUUGCCAAAGCCGCGUUCUGAUACCAUUGACAAACGUCCUGAAUUUUUAUAUGUUGACUACUGAGAUUGACCCAUUUACCAUAUAAGUUCAGAAAACAUUUGUGAUAUGCCAUUUAAAAAAAGUUAUUGACAGUUACAUUUAUCUGUCAAUUUGUAUAUUACUGUGUAAGUAAGUAUAAUAUUGACACAGAACCGAACGGAUCCAGGUUAAGAGUGCAAUCUGUUUGUUGCAGAAGGACUGACUUUAGCGUUACGUCAUAAUACUUCCGAUUUUGGCAAGUAUCCCUUUAUUGAAACACUGUUGUUAAUUGUUACAUGAGGAAUACACUGUGAAUAAAUGAAAUAUGUUCUA